AUGCAGCCACUCGAGAUACCGAAGAUUGGUUGGUUGGUUUUUCGCUUCUCUCCGUGUCACUGGGACUGGGAUUACAGCAGUGACGAGCGCGGGGCGGCCCCAUCUCUGAGGAAGGAAGCGGCGCUCCGCCUCCGAUCCCACACGCGUUACUACAUCCCGCGGUGCUGUCCCCCCGCUGCCAUCCCCGCCGUCCGGGGUGAGGUCGCGGUGUCCUGGAGACCCUCGACGGAGUUCGCUGGCAAUCUGUACAAGGGAGAGGGCAUCCUGCCCGCCAGCCCGCACAAGGUUUGGGAGUGCAUAAAGCCGGUGGCCGGCGGGCUCAGGACCAAGUGGGACCAAAACGUGAAGGACUUUGAGGUCAUCGAAGCCAUCACUGAUACUGUCUCUAUAUGCAGAACUACAACCCCUUCAGCUUGCAUGAGGAUUAUUUCUCCGAGGGAAUUUGUGGAUGUAGUAGUAAUGAAGCAAUAUGAAGAUGGGACGAUGCUGUCUGCUGCCACUAAUGUGGAACACCCACUGUGUCCUCCUCAACCCAAUUUUGUGAGAGGCUUUAAUUAUCCCUGUGGCUGUUUCUGCAUACCUGUUCCAGGGGAGCCAGACAGGACUGAGCUCCUCACUUUCUUUCAGACGGAUCUUGGUGGCUAUCUUCCCCAGACAGUGGUGGAUUCCUUUUUUCCAUCUAGCAUAUCUGGAUUUUACAGCAACCUGACCAAAGCUGUUAAGGCAUUAAAAGCAUGACAAGAUGAGUUCCUGACAUCACUGGAUGAGUGCAGGAAACAACCUGUCAGCUUGUGGGUAAAAUACAAAGUUGGCCUCAGGGCUUUUCUAUCUGCUAAGAUAGAAAAAAAGAUGACAUGAAACAAUGAACUGAGUACAAUACAUUUUUAAAACAGCAUUUUCUAUCUGACUCCAUGCAGAACAGUGCAUUCUUAUGUAAUAUGAAAUUCUUCACUUUAAUGACUAGAAAAAAUAU